AGAAGUUUGGCCACGUUAGCUACAAAUGACGGAGCUGUCAUCACCCGAGCAUCCGGAGUAUAGUAAAGAUACCACCGCAGAGGUACUGGGAAACCUAAGGUCCGAAGUUGUGCAUCCCACCUUCGCAUAUUAUCUUACGAGAAUGAGUAUGGCAAGAACAGCUGAGGAAACUUUGGAAGUGUUUUCCGAGAUGAAGAAGACUCCACAUCUGACGGGUGCUUUCAUCAAGUUGUGCUACCAGAAGCAACUGAUAACCAAGCCGACAUCAGAUGCAUGGCCAACUAUGGAGUCCGCGUUAUCUCGUGGUAUUCGCUACUUUACAAUGUUUUCACAAGCGUUGACACCCUAUCUACAUAUACCAAGUAUGCGCCACCAUGCGCCAGCACGAACUUCACCAUUCCCGUUCCUGGUUGCAGCAGUAGUAGUGAACACCUUCGUAGUUUGGCUCAUCAAUAAAUGGAUUCGCAGUAGAGAAGAAGGUGCUCAUGCUGAAACAACACAGGUUAAUGCCGAAACGACGCAAAAAAUCAAUUCUUCUUUGAAGAGCCUCAUGGGCUGCUAUGAAGAACUUCAGGGGCAAAUACAGGAACUCAAAGAUGAAUUGGCCAUUUUGAGAAAAGAAAAACGAGAAUUUGGUGAAGAAAUGCGUUGUCUUGAACACAAAGCGAACGAACAGGGUGAACGCAUGGCUAGUCUAAAAAUUUCGAUGGAAUCGGAAUUAAAAGCAACAAAGGAACAUAUGGGCAGCCAGCUGGGACGUGUAAUGGUUUUUAACGAGGAGAUACAGGAGCACAAGAAGCGCAUCGCUGAUUUGGAGUCGAAGAGGUUUGCGGAGGUUUUGCAGCAGGCGAGGAUUUGUUUAAACGUAGCAUUUGAUUAUUGA